AUGAAUGAAGAAUUUAAAGAUUAUUUAACAGCUUUGAGUGAAAAGUUAAAAUGGUUUGCACAUUUAUCACCUAAGUUUAUUCAUUUAUUUUCAAUGAAUGAUGCAAAAGAAUUACAAAAAAUAGUUCCAACUCUCGAUGAUGGUGGACUUUUAUUUUCUGAACUUCACUUAUUGAAAUUAAAAAUUUCAAAUUGUAUCGAUAUGAAUGAAGCGUGUGACUUAAUGAAAAGAAACAAUCGAUAUCCACGAGCACAAUUAGUUUUUAAAUAUUUGUUAACAAUUCCGGUAUCCAUUGCUACUAAUGAACGAUCGUUUUCGAAAUUAAAAAUUAUCAAAAAUUAUCUUAGAACAACAAUGUCGAAUGAAAGAUUAUUCCAUUUAAUGUUAUAUGCCACCGAGAAAGAUAAACUAGAUCAAUUAGAUUUAGCUGCUUUAGCUAGUGAUUGGGGUAAAAUGAAAGACAGGAGAAUUGAACUUUCGGUGUGUCAACACUAA